UAUCUCCCUUGUUAAAUUAUCCUCUUCGUUUUGGAGACAUCACGUCCAGUUUCAAUUUGUCACGAAAUAUUUCCAAAUCAAGUUUUCCUGCAGGUGUCCAUACUGUUGACUGACCGCUGCUUGCCUCACUAUGAAUGAUGGGUGAUGACCGGGCUAUUCUGAGGGAGAUUUGGGAAGGCCGUAUACCGGUCUGUUUCACACUCUCAAAGGAUGAGGUAGAAACAGAAAAACCUGAACCAGUCUUCAUAAUGGUUGCUAGGCAGACAUACUUCCCCCUGGUGACAGAGCGAGUGUCCAAGUACCUUGCUGGGUAUGUGGACAAGGAGAAGUGUGGAGAGAUGUGGCUGGACUACGACGGACAACCAUUGAAAUGGCAUUACCCAGUGGGUGUGCUGUAUGAUCUCUAUGGAAACAUGGGCACAGGGCUGCCAUGGAAACUAACUGUUCAUUUUCAGAAUUUCCCUGAGGACGAGUUAUUACGCUGCACGAACCGUGAUGUAGUGGAGUCACACUUCAUGUCCGUUGUCAAGGAGGCUGACUGGCUCAAGCACCGUGGUAACGUGAUCAACGGCAUGCAGAAGAGAGACCACAAGAACAUGUGGAUGGGCCUCGUCAAUGACAAGUUCGACCAGUUCUGGCCAAUCAACAAGAAGUUAAUGGAAACUUCAGAAGAGGAAGGCUUCAAACACAUUCCAUUUAGAAUAUAUCAAGUUGACCUGCCUGUGAUACAGAAGCUGUUUCGACCGGUCGCGGAAGAUGGACAGCAGCAUUGCCUAGAAGAUCUUUUAAAGUUUGCUCUUCCAGAUUUAGAUAACGACAAGUGGAAAGUAUUACUGCAGGGCAUGGAGGUCCCGUUAUCAACACCCGUACACUGGUUAUCCGAACACCUUAGUUAUCCAGACAAUUUUCUGCACAUCUGCGUAGUGGUACCAAACUCCGGUGAUGUUUCUGUACGUUGGUGACAACUGCAUCCUGGACUUGUGCAAUAUGUGUACUAUGAUUAUAAUGUGUAAAGGAAUUCCCAUUCUGUGCUAUCAGCCGUGACAUGUGCUACAAAUCCAUGUGUCAUCGGACUUCAAUAAAUUGUAUAUAUUUAAGUUAGCCUUCAAGUGUACUUAAUAGUCUCUUAAUUGUUACUUUGUAUAUGUCAGCGUGGAAAUUCAAAAUGGCAUGGUAUUAAAACUGCUGUUUGUGUAGUAAACGCUUGCCAUUUUAACUGUUAUGUGGUCAAUUAAAAGUAAGAUUUCGUUACUUCAUCCGACAGUAUUUUGAGAAAUACUCUUAGUAAAAUAAAUACUGACAACCAGUUUCUUCCACCCUAUAUAAUGUAGUGAUUACAGAAUAUUAACAGAGGAUGUUAAAGAGAAUUAUAAGAUGUUAUCCUUUAUUUAAAGAGACCUUUUCACAGAUUAUGACAUGAUUUGUUUUGAAGUAAGUCAUUAAAUGCCAUAAAAUCAUAAAUGUAAACAUUUAUCAUAUUUUAAUUUAACAUAUAAACUGAAGAGUUCAAGUAUAAAAACCAAAAUUAAAGAAAGAAAAAUACAGUCAUCAACACCUGUGCUUGAACCACUGACCCUUGGAGUAAAAGUCUACUGCUCAAGCCACUUGGCCAUCUGUGCUCACAAAGCAUAGUGUGUAUUUUAUUAGUAAUAUAAGCAAUCCUCACAAUCACACAAAAAAUAAUGAUAUCAGAAUAAUGAAAAUUACCAAAUGUUUUGCGUUUGUAAUGCUUUUUAAUUUUCAGGUUUUUAAAUCAUUAAAAUAAGCAUAUAAUUGAUGUUUUAUAGAAUAUUAAAUGUUCAGUAUUACUGUUUUCUAGCCAAAAAAUAUAAAAAUGACAAAAAUUUGCAGAUCUGACAAAAAAAUUGUUUCAAUUUCAGGUGAAAAGGUCCCUUUAAGCUCAACUGAGCACAUAUUGCUUAUUGGAGAAGUAAGGAUACCGUGUUACAUGUAUCUAGGUCCUUCCAUCCUUGUGUUUGUAAAAAAAGUUAUUUUAACCCUUUACCUCUUAGAUACGUAUUUUAACACAUUUGUAGUCCCUUAGAAAGUUAAAUUUAAUCAAAGACCUUUCUUACUAGAUUCAAGUUUUAAAGGCUUCAUUUCCAACCCUUAGAUACUGAUGAGCAGCAAACAGCAUAAAACCUGAACAGCCUGCGAGUUACUUGCAGGCUGUUUGGUUUGAUGCUGUUUGCAUAAAAACCCAAUUUUCACUUUGCUCCUGAAUGGAAAAGGGAGGGUGAAAACACUUCCUCCUGAACAGCUGGGCAGAUUUUAAUGACAUUUCACAGAAAUUAUCCUUGCAUGACUCAUUUUCAAAGUUGUUCAAAUCCUUCCAAUCUGAUGCAUAUGUAGCUCGUUAGCUAAAAAUGUAUUUAAAAAAAUGAGAACUUCAAAAACCUUUUUCUCGAAAACCACAAGGGUCAGGGGUUUAAUAUUUGGUUCCUUACUUUGCUUUGUGAUUCUUUACUAAGUGUGAUCAAAUCAUGCCCCUCGGAUAAAACUGUCCAUGUGCCAGGUGUCACAUGAUUCUAUAGACACAUUAGGUGAAUCACUUAAAAAAAAAUCUUUAACCCAUUUAUGCCUAGCGUCUAGAAAAAAAGGCCUUGGCAAACAGCAUAGACCCAGAUGAGACGCCGAAUGAUGCGGCGUCUCAUCUGGGUCUUCGCUAUUUGCUUAAAGGAAUUUCUGUAAGAAAUAUUCUAAAUAUAGAAAUAGAUACACUAGACAUACAUUAUUUUGGAAAUAAAUUGAUCCAAUUUAAAAGGAUUGGAGAGUCCAGUAGGCAUAAAUGGGUUAAUAUGUGGUUUUUUACAUCAUAUGCUUGUUCCUUUAAAAGUUUUUUCCAGUAAUGCCCUUGUAAAAACUUGCUCAACUUGGUGUUGACUUGUUUUUGUUUAGAUGUAUAUAGUGAACACCUAAAAAUCUUCUUUUCUGAAACUGCAAGAGGUUUGAUAUUUGGCAUGUAUACUUUAUAAUAUAUAAUCAUGUUCUUGGGUAUAAUUAUGUCCUUGGGGGUCACAACAGGCCAGCCUAGAAGAUUCUUAUAGACUUGUAUUAUGCAUAACUUUAACAAUCAUCUCUGAAACCACGGGUGAGGGGUUGAAUCUUUAAUGUGAAACAUAAUAUGGAAGUCUUCUACCUAGUUAGUUAAAAUCAUUCCCCUGAGGUCAAAAUUUGCCCCACCCUAUAAAUUGCUUGCUUUUUAUAUGUGUAAAACAAAAACUUUAAUUUGUUUUAUGCUGUAUCAGACCAUAUCAAAUCUGUGUUAUACAAAGUAAAAACUCUUUAUAAAAACCACAGUUAGUACACAAACAUCACAAAGAAGUCUGCACUUAGCAGUUUUUGCCUUAAUAUCUCAGGUGUUCACCUAGAGCACUUAGGCCACAUUGUUACUUAAAGACAUGUAAUUAAUGAUAUACCAUUUUACAGAAGCUUUAAAUGUUAUACAAUGUUCAAGUUUUUGCUAGUUUUGAACACAGUUAAUGUAUUGCUGUAACCAAAUAAACUUUUGAGCAUUUAUUGUUGAGGAAAGAAUACCACAAUCUCAAGAGCUCAAGGUUUUUACCUAUUAUGAGAUGUGUUUAUUGGAAACUGGGCUUAAUGCAUGUAAGUUGAGUAUCAUCCCAGAUAAGCCAGUGCAGUCUGCACAGGCUAAUCUGUGAUAACACUUUCCACCUUAACUUGAUUUUUUUUAUAAGAGAAUUCCUGCAGACAAAACAUACCUUAAAAGCAGAACGUGUCGUGCUUGAUUAGCCAAUGCAGACUGCGCGGACUUGUCUAGGAUGACACAUGCAUUAAGCAGAGUUUUUCCGGGGCAAGGCUCAUUAAAUCCUUAAGGUGCUUUUGUCUUUAAAAAGAACAAAUGACACCUCUGAAAUUUUGUAGAGUUUCACACUUUUUUGAAUAUUGAUACAGUCAAUAAAAUUUGAAAAUAAGAAUAUCAAAUGAAGUUUUUAUGUCCCUGAUCAUUCAUGAUUAAAAAAGCAAUAUUCUAAUGAGCACUUUACUUUUAAUUUACAUAAUGAAUGAGCCUCACUCUGUGAAAAAGGGUUUAAUGCAUGUGGGUAAAGUUUCCUCUCAGAUUGGCCUGUUCAGUCCGCACAGGCUAAUCAGGUAUGACACUUUCCGCUUCUAUUUUAUUUUUCGUUUAAACGAAGACCCUUUUUGAUCAAAAUUUAGUUAAGCAGGAGAAAAUUGUCCCUUAUUAGCCUGUGAGGACUGCACAAGCUAAUCUGUGAUGACACUUUACACACAGGCAAUAAGCCCUUUUCACAGAGGGAGGCUUAUAUGUACCAUUAUAUUGCAAGUAUCCAUGACACCUGCUUACAGUCAGUAUCAUGAAUGUAAAGACUGAUAUAAUUGAUGAGUUUGGAUCUCAAAUUUAAACUGCGUUGUGCAAAAAAGGGCCUUAUGCCAUUAAGCCAUCUGCGCAGUCUGGUCAGGAGCUACCCUGUCUGCGUAUGAGACCACAAAACCUUAUGUGACUUGAUAGAGGACAGGGUAGCUCCUGAUGAUUGCAGCAUAUGAAAUAAGACCCAUUUUCGCAUGAGGCAACUCAUUUCAUCUAGGUGGACACAUUCAGAAAGUAAGCACAACAGGGACCUAUUCAGGAGAUUAACCCAUUUAUGCCUAGCGUCCUGAAAAAAAGGCCUAGGCAAACAACGUAGACCCAGAUAAGACGCGGCAUGAUGCGGCGUCUCAUCAGGGUCUGCGCUGUUUACUAAAAUGAAAUUUCUGUAAGAAAUUUUCUUAAUAUAGAAAUAAAUAUAGUAGACAUCCCUAAUUUUGGAAAUAAAAUGAUCCAAUUUAGAAGGAUGGGAGAGUCCACUAGGCAUAAAUGGGUUAAAUUCACUGUUUCACUGUAAGGUGAGGUAUAUUCCAUUCACAAGCUUUUCUUCAAGCAAACCACAUUAAAUACACAUUGAACCUACAAAAUUCAAUUCAUUAUAUUGUUUCCCUUUUGAAAUGCAUGUCAUUAUUUGUACUGCAAUUGACUUGAAGGUCGUGCAAUAUAAUAUAACUGUGUUUAUUUUUGCUUGUUAACUACCAGGUAAUUGCAAGGUAACAGAAUAAGGAAUGUAACUCAAAAGAUUGAAUUUUUAACUUACUUUGUUAUUUGUCUUAGAGCUUAAUUUCAUGAUGUACAAUUUUAAUUAUUGCAAAAUAUUGAAGUUAUUUUAUUGAUGGACUGACAAAUUGCAAGACAAUUUUCAUGACUUUAUGUAUGUGUUAGUUUUAUUGUCUAAGACUUUGAAGUUAACGAAUUGAAUUUGAGAUGGUUUCGUAGAAAAUGGGCCUAAAACAAGUGUCGUCUGCACAGGUUAAUCCCGGACCACACUUUCCGCUUUUAUGGUAUUUUUUGUUUAAGAGUGUCUGUUCUAAACAAAAAUCUAAUCUAGGUGGAAAGUGUCGUCCCUGAUAAGCCUGUGUGGACUACACAGGCUAAUCUCAGAGGACCUUUAAUGCACAUGCAUUAAGCCCAGUUUUCUCAGAGUUAGGGUCAUUUGUAUUAUACCAACCUAUCUAUAUUAUAUACAUCCCAUAAUAAUUUGACGCUUUACUUGUACAUGUCCACAUUAUCCCUUUCAGUGCGGGAACUGAAUUUUGAAGGCCUUUGCAAACAGUUUGGAUCCAGAUGAGACGCCACAGAACGUGGCGUCUCAUCAGGAUCCAAACUGUUUGCUAUUCUGAUAAUAUUCUUUGAAAAAAAUCGAAGAAAAUGCUAAUUUUAGAAAUUCAGCUGACGACAUUUUAGCAGAUGACAAAUUUCCCAGCAUGCAAAGGGUUAUCUAACUUCUGGUACAAUCAACUAUGUCUUGCAAAAAACAUAAUCCAAAAGUGUCAAUGAUAAAUCAAAUAUCUCAGUUUUGUAUCUCUCAUGUUUCAUUUCUGCAAGAAAAUUUUGAUUCAUCAUAAAAAUGCGCGUUUUUUGUGAAAAGGUAAACAAA